GAACCCCCGCCCAUGCCCCGCCCCUGCUGCCUUUGCCGGUGGCCCUUUAAAUCGGUUUUUACACAGUGUCACUCCGAGGUUCGUUUGUAGUGGGGAGAAGGGAGGAGGCCAGGGGAGAGAAGUGGGCGGAGGGCGCGUGCGGGCCGGAGCCCAGCCGCCCCCGCCGGAGAAGGGGAGUGACCGACGGGCUGGCGAGGGAAGGACGGGAUGGCUUAGAAGCUCUGCCCGCAGGACCCAGCGACAGCAAGAGGCUCUGGCAGAGCCUGGGGCUGUGGGGAUGGCUGGGGCUGGAGAGUCCCCUCCAGGGCCCUGACCGCCUCAGCCCCGCCUCUAAGGGACGCCCCAGAAGUUAGCAUCAGCGGGACUUGGAAGCUCUGAUCGCAACAACUAUGGCUGGCGAUUCUAGGAAUACUAUGAACCAGGACAUGGAGAUUGGAGUCACUCCCAGGGACUCUAAGAAGAUUCCCAAACAGGCCCGUGAUUGCAUCCCCAUUGCCACCGACCGCACUCACCUGCUGGUGGAAGGCAAGAAGCCCCGCCAGCGCUACAUGGAGAAGAGCGGCAAGUGCAACGUCCACCACGGCAAUGUCCAGGAGACCUACCGGUACCUGAGCGACCUCUUCACCACCCUCGUGGACCUCAAGUGGCGCUUCAACCUGCUUGUCUUCACCAUGGUGUACACCAUCACUUGGCUGUUCUUUGGUUUCAUUUGGUGGCUCAUUGCUUACGUCCGGGGUGACCUGGACCACGUUGGUGACCGAGAGUGGAUUCCUUGUGUCGAGAACCUCAGUGGCUUUGUGUCGGCCUUCCUGUUCUCCAUUGAGACAGAAACCACCAUUGGGUAUGGCUAUCGGGUGAUCACAGAGAAGUGCCCAGAGGGCAUCAUACUCCUCUUGGUGCAGGCCAUCCUGGGCUCCAUCGUCAAUGCCUUCAUGGUGGGGUGCAUGUUUGUCAAGAUCAGCCAGCCGAAGAAGAGAGCGGAGACCCUCAUGUUUUCCAACAACGCGGUCAUCUCCAUGCGGGAUGAGAGGCUCUGCCUCAUGUUCCGGGUGGGGGACCUCCGCAACUCCCACAUCGUGGAGGCCUCCAUCCGCGCCAAGCUCAUCAAGUCCCGGCAGACCAAAGAAGGGGAGUUCAUCCCCCUGAACCAGACUGACAUUAACGUGGGCUUCGACACUGGGGACGACCGGCUCUUCCUGGUGUCCCCACUCAUCAUCUCCCACGAGAUCAACGAGAAGAGCCCUUUCUGGGAGAUGUCUCGGGCUCAGCUGGAUCACGAGGAGUUUGAGAUCGUGGUCAUUCUCGAAGGGAUGGUGGAGGCAACAGGCAUGACUUGCCAAGCACGGAGCUCCUACAUGGAUACAGAAGUGCUCUGGGGCCACCGAUUCACACCAGUUCUCACCUUGGAAAAGGGGUUCUAUGAGGUGGACUACAACACCUUCCAUGACACCUAUGAGACCAACACACCCAGCUGCUGUGCCAAGGAGCUGGCAGAAAGGAAGCAGGAAGGCCGGCCCCUCCAGUACCUCCCCAGCCCCCCACUGCCAGGAAGCUGUGCUGAAGCAGAGGUGCUGACCCAGGACGGCUUGCAUCUCCAAGACCCAAGCACAGUGGGUGCACAGGACUCUGGGGCUUCUCUAGGAAAUUCUCCGGAGAUGCUGAGCAACAAGCCCACAGGAGAGUCAGGAGGUGGAAACGCAGCAGGAAUGAGCAACAGGAGGCACACUCAUCUCCCUCCCUCUGCCCCACCGCCCCCUGGCAAAGCAGGCCCGUCACAGUCCCCACAGCACUCUUUGCUCCCAAGCGCACCAGCUUCCCAGGGUGACUGA